AUGGCGGUUGGAAAGAACAAGAGACUCUCUAAGGGCAAGAAGGGCCUCAAGAAGAAGACCGUGGACCCCUUCACCCGCAAGGACUGGUACUCGAUCAAGGCCCCUAACCCUUUCAACGUCCGAGAUGUCGGCAAGACCCUGGUGAACCGAACCACCGGUCUCAAGAACGCCAACGAGGCCCUCAAGGGCCGUAUCGUCGAGGUCUCGCUCGCCGAUCUUCAGAAGGAUGAGGACCACGCUUUCCGCAAGGUCCGCCUCCGUAUCGACGAGGUCCAGGGCAAGAACUGCCUGACUGCCUUCCACGGUCUCGACUUCACCUCUGACAAGCUGCGAUCCCUCGUGCGAAAGUGGCAGACCCUCAUUGAGGCCAACGUUACCGUCAAGACCACCGACGACUACCUCAUCCGCCUCUUCGCCAUUGCUUUCACCAAGCGCCGCCCCAACCAGAUCAAGAAGACCACAUACGCUGCCUCCUCGCAGAUUCGGGCCAUCCGACGCAAGAUGACCGAGAUCAUCCAGCGUGAGGCCUCAAGCUGCACCCUCACCCAGCUCACCUCCAAGCUCAUUCCCGAGGUCAUUGGCCGCGAGAUUGAGAAGUCCACCCAGGGUAUCUACCCUCUCCAGAACGUCCACAUCCGCAAGGUCAAGCUGCUGAAGCAGCCCAAGUUCGACCUCGGAGCCUUGAUGGCUCUCCACGGCGAGUCGGGUACGGACGACCAAGGCCAGAAGGUUGAGCGGGAGUUCAAGGAGCGUGUUCUUGAGGAGGUUUAA